AUGAUUCGAUUUCUGAUAUUGAUCGUCUUACCCAUCAUUUUUGCCAAAUCACAUCCAAAAUGCGCCAUGGUGGAUUUGAUGCGGGCCAAUGAAUGCCAGCAGGUUAAUUCAACAAUCCAUACAAUCAUAAAGGGCGAGAUUUCAGCACAUCAGCAAUCUGACAAAGCUAAUCGAAUCUCGUCCACUUCAUGGUCCCAAAAAGUUUCCGACAAGCUUCAUCAGCUCUCCGAUUUAUGCCAAUUAUCAUUGGAGUGCACAAGAGCUCUCGAAUGUCAUCAGAUUCGAAUCAAGUUUCCAAGACUUGAGGCAUCUUGCAAGAUCAUGAACAUCUUGGCAGGCUCCUAUGGGGAUUGCGUUAGAAAGUUUAAAAGUAUGACUGAACAGGUCAAAAACCAUGACGAGAAGCCGGAUUGCCUGAAAAUCCUCUACAAUGCUCCAAAAAAGAUGACCGAUUCUGAAAAGUGCAAACUUCUCGAAAUAAAUCGAAAAUGUAUAAGCGAGGAAUUAGGGAAAUUUUGCGGAAAUGAUGAUGCGGACAAGUUUGAGCAGAGGAUUCAAGAGUAUUGUGCCGGACUAUCAUUGAUUUCCAACGGAUACUUACUAGUACUCAUCAAGUACAAAUCUCCGUCACAACUUGGUUAUUAUAAAUAUUUGAUGAUGUACAUUGCCAUAUUUGAAAUCCUCUAUUCAGCGGUUGAUUACUUCGCAAAACCUAUCAUUUUAUCAUUUAAAUCUACCAAUAUCGAGUUUAUCGAUGUCAAAAAUUCAAUAUUUUGUCGAGGUUUCAAUGUAUUUCUAAAUGAGCUUUAUAGUGGCUUUUUUGGAUUCUCAAUGGCCAUAUUUGGCAUCAAUUUUAUUUAUCGAUAUGCAGUGACAAAUAGCGUAAUCUUCAAAAAAUAUUUCAACAAUCGUCUCAUAUUUGGUUGGUUUUCGAUUCCAGCGUUUUAUUGCCUUUUAUGGAUGCUAAUUGUACAUUUUGCUUUGGGACCGUGGGAUCAAUUCACCGACUUCAUCAGGGAGCCGGUGCGUCAAAAUUUUGGAAUCAAUGUCGAUGACGUUGUCUACUUGGGUUCAUAUUUUUUGCCGGUUGAUGAGGAAGGAAAUCAAUAUCUCAAUUAUUAUUCCCUAACUGGAAUACUGAUACUAACAUUGAUGACGGCCAAUUCAAUGUUCUGCGUGUUUUGGUUCGGCGGAAAGUGCUACCGUCAAAUCUAUAAGCUGGCGCAUGUUGGGAACUCGGAGAAGACAAAACGUCUGCAGAGGCAGCUAUUGAAUGCUCUAGUAGUGCAGACCCUAAUUCCUGUUGUCCUUAUGUAUAUACCGCUAUCCAUUCUUUUCACUGCUCCAUAUUUCGAAACGUUCAAUUUCGGCUCGAGCUGCAUCAACAUCACAAUUGCUAUUUAUCCCGCCAUCGACGCAUUCCCCACAAUGUUCAUCGUAACGAAAUAUCGAAAUGUGACACUAAGCAGGGUUGACUGA